GCCCACCAAAUCAUACCAAAGACAGCCCAACUCAUUCUUUUGACUCAUUGUCAAAACCCAUCUCUCAGUAAAUCAGAUUGACUCUUCAGAUCUGGGACCUUGAUCCUCUAUCUGGGCUCAGCUUGAAGUUGGGUUGGAGGGAAGAUGGGCGAGGGUGAAAGGUUUCAGCUUGGGACUGUUGGAGCGUUGACUCUCUCUGUGGUGUCUUCAGUCUCCAUUGUUAUUUGUAACAAGGCCCUCAUUAGCUCCCUGGGUUUCACUUUUGCUACAACUUUGACAAGUUGGCAUCUUUUGGUCACAUUUUGUUCCCUUCAUGUGGCUUUGAGUAUGAGAUUCUUUGAGCACAAGCCUCUGGAUCAAAAGACUGUUACGGGGUUUGGCAUUCUGAAUGGGAUCUCCAUAGGACUUUUAAAUCUGAGCCUGGGGUUCAAUUCUGUUGGCUUUUAUCAGAUGACUAAACUGGCAAUCAUCCCUUGUACUGUACUACUGGAGACCCUUUUUCUUGGGAAGAAGUUCAGUAGGAGCAUUCAGUUCGCCCUCCUUAUCCUCCUUUUCGGUGUUGGGAUUGCAACGGUUACUGAUGUUCAACUGAAUGCUCUAGGAAGUAUCUUGUCUCUACUUGCGGUCCUUACAACAUGUGUUGCUCAAAUUAUGACCAAUACCAUCCAGAAGAAGUAUAAGGUUUCUUCAACACAACUUCUAUAUCAAUCAUGCCCCUAUCAGUCAGGGACAUUAUUGAUCACUGGCCCAUUUCUGGAUUGGUUUUUGACAAAUCAAAAUGUAUUCUCUUUCAAGUAUACAACUCAAGUGCUGGUUUUCAUUGUUCUAUCCUGCCUGAUCUCUGUGUCUGUUAAUUUUAGCACAUUUCUUGUGAUUGGAAAGACAUCUCCUGUCACCUAUCAAGUUCUUGGACAUCUGAAGACAUGUCUUGUGCUUACAUUUGGUUAUACUUUGCUUCAUGAUCCAUUUGACUGGAGGAACAUCCUAGGAAUUUUGGUUGCACUAAUGGGGAUGGUUUUGUAUUCUUAUUUUUGCACUCGGGAGGGUCAGAAAAAGGUUGCUGAAGAAGCAACACAGGUCCUAAAGGCAGGGGAAGGUGAAUCGGAUCCUCUAAUGAGCGUGGAAAAUGGAAGCGGGUUGAAGCUUGCCGUUACUCAGAUGUCCCCUCCUUCAUGGAAGUCGAACAAAGAUCUACAUGCGUGAUGGCGUUCUAGUUGAUUGACACACCUAAUAGCAACAACGUAUUGAGCUAUUAGAGCAAUGACAGUAUAUUUGGUGUAUGAAUUUCUUCACCCAUCUGUCUUCAAUUGAACAGGUGCGGGUCGUUCUCUUAAGAAUUAUAGUAAUUUGAUAUGUCAACAAUUAGUUCAAGUGAGGAAUAUCUAUAUGGAGAUUGUUACUGUUCUUAGAGUUCAGAAGAAUAUCGUUCAGUUUUGUACGCCUUUGUAAUGAAAUUUAAACAGUAUUACAUAAAGAGAAGUUACAUCCUUUACAGCUAAAAAAAAAAGAAAAAAAAACCAUA